AUGGCGGGAAAUCGCGAAGUUGGGAUACCGAAGACAACUGCUUGUAGUUUAAGGGAACAGGUAGCAAGAACUACGCUUAGUAGAGUGAGAGCACAAGGGCACCCUUAUUUGGAGCUUCGCGAGGAUGGCAAGCGGUUCAUAUUCUUUUGUACUUUGUGUCUUGCGCCGUGUUAUAGUGAUACCAUUUUACUUGAUCACUUGAGGGGUAAUCUUCAUACUGAGAGGUUAUCUGCUGCAAAAGCUACUCUUUUGAAACCGAACCCAUGGCCCUUUAGUGAUGGGAUUCAUUUCUUUGACGCUUCGAGUGGGAGUGAGAAACAGUUGGCAAUCAAGAAUGGUAAAAAGAGUAGGCUCAUGAUGUUCAAUGAGAACAGUGAUAAUCUUGCAAUUGUUAAAUAUGAUGAAAAUCUGAAACCUGGUUGCGAUGUGGAUGUUGAUGACCAUUUAAGUGGUAAUGAUGAGGUUUCUGAUCUGGUGAUUCCAAGUGUGCGUCUUAAAGAAGACGUUUCUGAUUUGAAAGUGAGGUUCAUGGGUUCUGGACAGAUUGCUGCAAGGAUGUAUGAGAAGAAUGAUGGUUCAAAUGAGAUUGGUAGAAUAUGGUGUCAAUGGCUGGGGAAAAAGAGUUCUACUGAUGAGGAUAAGGUCAAGGUUUUGGAUCAUGACUUCAGUGUUGUUACUUUUGCUUAUGAUUAUGAAUUGGGAAAGAGCGGAUUGUUUGACGAUGUGAAGCUAUUGCUCUCUUCUACUUCUCCAGCACUGGUAGAAAAUGAUGAGGGUAAUAGGAAAAGGAAAAGAUCUGUUUCUGACCCAGAAGAUGUUAGUCGAUCUUUGACUAAUCAGUAUGCGUUAUGUGAGGAAGAAUCUUCAAAGACAACUAGUGCCUCUUCUGAAUUGGUACUGGAUCGAUACGAUGAUCAGCUUAUGCAGACUGGACUUAUAUCAAGCAAGACAGUAAGGCGAGAGGUAAGAAAGCAACAGCGCAUAGCAGCAGAAAAAAUGUGUGAUAUCUGUCAGCAAAAGAUGCUUCCAGAGAAAGAUGUAGCGACGCUUUGGAACAGGAAGACUGGAAAACUUGCUUGCAGUAGCAGAAAUGUCUAUGGGGCAUUUCAUGUAUUUCACACUUCUUGCCUUAUACACUGGAUACUCUACUACUGCCAAGGCACUGGUGUGAACAUCAAGGGAGAUGAGUUUGAGAAGCCACUUGUUCCUCUUUCAGAGAUGUUCAGGUUCAAGAUCAAAGUGAGUUUGGGACAUAGAGGAUGGAUGAAAAAUCCUGAGAUCUUGGAGAAUUGUUCAACUGGUUUUCAUUUCCCUUUAGAGUCUGGAGAAACAGUUCAGGAAAAGGUGUUGCCUCUCAAGUUGCUGCAUUUCUAUAGAGCUGAAGAGUAG